CUGACGCUGCAGCUGUUCGGCGUCCUUCUUGCUCCUCACAAGAGUAAAACUAUGGCGGAUAUUUACCAAUAUCCCGUUUUCUUCGAGUGUGACAGCCUGCUCGAGGAUCAGGUGAAGAAAAUAGAAACUUAUUUCCGUGUUCGUCGCAAAUCAGGCGGAGGAGACUGCGGUAGCACUGAGGAGGGUGAAGACUCACACCUACAGCGCUGCUUUUAAAUAUGAGAAAGAUCAGCAGGUGGUCCUGCAGAAAUAUAAGCACGUUGUGGAUGGUCUGGUGUUCACUCUCCGAGACAGCCUUGACCCUCACACUUCCUCUCCGAGACAGGAUCUUACAGCUCCAGUGCAGCAGGGACGGCAGUCCAUUCCUGCCUCUACCCCUCCACCAAGUGGUGAAGAAUAUGAACUACAACCUGAUGCUUACCUCCUACGUUACUUAAAGGAAUGCCCAAAGGCUAGGAAAGAACUAGAGAAAGAACUCUCCUCUUUGGCCUGCUCUGCUCAGCUGUACCCAGAGGAAGGGAGGGUUUUAGUUAGCCGUUUAGCUAAACCUGGUGCUCCACAUGAUGUUACAAAUUGGAAAGCAGAAGUAGACAAACUCAUUGAUGGCUACCUGUGCCACUGUGAGGUGGACGUUCACAAAAUUAAAGCUUUGCUUCAGUCCCGCAGCUCUCCUCAGACCACAGACGACGUGAAGGUGUACAGCGAGGAUAGGAUGGCUGUUGUUGUCGGUGAGCGUUCUCAGGUGAAAGCCAGGUUGAUGGCUGUGGAGGACUUGCUUGUUAAACGAGGGUCACGUUUUAGUGGGAAGGAAACCAGCAUUCGUAGACUGGGCGUGGCAAAGUUCCGCCUCCUCUGGAAAAAGAUUGAGCAAGGUUUGCAACAAGAUUUUCCAGAAGUGAAGUUUGUGCAGGGAGCUGCAGGUCAGUUAGUUUUGGAAGGCUCUGCCAAAGAGAUUCUCAAGGCUGGAGCUUGGAUCUCUGAUCAGGAGAAGUUUGUGUUCGAAAGGACAGUUUCUGACAUGAGCCCACAUUUUUUGGCCUUCCUAAGAAAGGCCUAUGGAGGUCCAGGGGUGCUAGGGGACUUUCUAGGGGUUAGUGACAAAGUGGAAGUAGAGUUACGAGACAUAGAGCUAUGUUUCUUCACCCUUUCCUCCAAUAAUCUUGAUGAAACAGAAAAGGCACUGCAAGCUGAGAUCAAGGAAGUCAAGAUUGAUGUUCCUAGCUGCUCUGUUGUGCCAUCUGAGCUUCAGGAAAAGCUUAAGUCCAAGACAAAUGAGAUGAACCAAAGGCAAUACAGGGCUCAGGUCGUGUUUGGCUCAGACAGCACGGUGUGCUUACUGGGCCACACCAAAGAGGUUGAAGACCUGAAUGAAGCUGUCAUACAGUUUAUUUUGGACCAUUCUAGUGCGCAAAGCAUAGUCCAUCUGCCUUUCAAAGAGUUACCAGAAUUGCCCAAUUCCUUUUUUCUUCGGGAAAGAGUCCCCGUUGAACCAUUAGGGGCAGAACAAUAUUGCAGAAGCCCCACUGAGAAAGACGAACUCUUAAGUGUUGACCAGCUUCUCCAAGGAAUAAGUACCGGAAACAGUACACCAGGUGAUCAUGGGUUCCAGAUGGAUGCUACUGCCCAAGAUAAAGCUAGAGGAGCCACCGCUGGAGCUCCCGGAGGUGGUGUCCAUGUAAAGAUCAUUCAGGGAAGAGUGGAGACCCAGCAGGUGGAUGCCCUGGUAUCGCCCAUGGCUGGCCAUGACCCCCUCUCUACCAGUGUUGGAAACACCUUGUUUAAAAUAGUUGGAUCCCAGCUGACUGCAAUGUUUAGAAAGGAAGCUGUAGAAGAAACAUGGCCUGGUAACACAGUCCUGGUGGAGGGCCUGCCUGAACUUCCGUCUAAUGCAGUAUUCUUCCUCAACCUCACUCCCUGGGAUGAUGACCACGAUGGAACUGCAGUCGAGGUUCUGAAACUGGGCGUCAACAACAUCCUAACUUCCUGUGAGAAAAGAGGGUUCAGUUCUGUUGCCCUGCCUGUACUCGGGGCUGGGAUUCGUCUGCGUUUCCCCAACAGCGUGGUUGCCAGGGUUGUACUGGAGGAAGUUCAUAAGUUUGAGCAGAACCGAGCAAGCAGAACCCCGUUCCUGGUCUCCAUCGUCAUCCACCCCGAUGACGAAGAGUCUAGUGAGGCCUUCAAGUCUGCCCGUGAAUCUUCCCAACUCAAAGGAUUCACAAUGGAUGUUCACCAAGUAGACCAAGUGUCAAAUACAAAGAGGAUUAUCCUGCUGGGAAAAACUGGAUGUGGGAAAAGCAACCUCGCUAACACCAUGUUUGGAGAGAAAUUGUUCAGCACGAACCAUUCUCCCAACUCUGGAACAAGUAAAUGUCAAGCAGAAACCAAAUGUAUCAACGGAAGAAGCAUUACUUUAAUCGACACUCCAGGGUUCUUCGACGUAGGCAGGUCUGAGCAGGAGAUGAAGCCUGAGAUAGUGAGGUGCAUCACAGAGUGCGCGCCUGGGCCUCAUGCUUUUCUCAUUGUGCUUAAAGUGGAGAAAUUCACAGAGCAGGAGAAGGCUGUCAUCAGUAAAAUAUGCCAGUAUUUCUCUGAAGAUGCUUUAAAAUACGCCGUAGUAGUCUUCACACAUGGCAACCAGCUCCCUAAAGGGAUGACAAUUGAGAAGUUUGUCAGUCUGAAUGAGAAUCUGAGUGAUCUGGUGAAGAAGUGCGGCGGCCGGUGCCACGUCGUUGAUAAUAAAUACUGGAAGAACAAAGAGAAGAACUACAGGAGCAACCAGGUGCAGGUGGAGGACCUGCUAGACACAAUAGAGAAGAUGGUGAUGGAAAACAAUGGAGACAUCUACACCAAUAAGGUGUUUCAAGAAGUGGAGAAACAAAUACGGAUGGCGGAAGAGCGCAUCAAACAAAACACGUCAUCGGGAAACAUGCCACUGGGAGAGAUCAGGAAACAGGCUAAAACCAUAGUGUCAGAGAAGUUUUUGAACCAACUGGUCGGCACUGCAGUAGGAGCACUGUUAGGAUCUUUUUUUGGGGUGGCAGCGAUGGUCAGAUUAGUUCUCAUAGCUCUGAAAAACAAUGGAGGAUUAAUGAAUGUUAUGAAAGUUAUAAAAGUUUCAAACUUAGGAGGGGGUGCAACAGUAGCAGGAGGAGAAGUAGCAGGACUGACAGUUGCUGGAGUUGUUUUAGGUGUGGUUACCACAGGGAUUGUGGCAGGAGGAGUAAUGGGUGGUGUUAUUGGAUAUGAGGCAGCUGAGGGAUCAGGAUCACCAAUGGAGGCAACUGAGAGGGCAUUUGAUGCUGUCAUGCACCAAGGAAAAGCUCAGUUGCAUAAAUUACCUUAAGUUCCUUUGGAGUCGUGUUUCUGGCUCCUUAGCUGCUAAAUGCUCCACUAUGUUCAUUCUUUGGUGAUAUGCAGGUAGCAUACGGUGCUUAUCACACCUUUUUGAUGAAAAGCUAGAAACAAGGUUGAUAAGAGUUUGCGGGCCAGAAAACCGAAACAAGCUUAAAGAGCCUAAAAAAAGGGCUCUGUAUAGAGCUGAGUUCCAGCAUUAGGAGGUUCACUAGAAGCGACAACUUUCACUUACGCAUUGUCACUUUAUUCUUUGUUAAUACAACAAAAAUCAUGUUUUGGGGCUGACAACCAUAAAACAAGAAAAGCAAAAAGGUGGAGGGAAAUAUUUAUAUUAUACAAUAUCAUGCUGCCAUCAUAAUUUACAAAUGAGUACAGUCGAAUCUCUCUCUCUCUCUCUCUCUCUCUCUCUAUAUAUAUAUAUAUAUAUAUAUAUAUAUAUUACCUCAACGCAAAGCACUUAGCAGCUAGCUCGGAGCUAGCUAGCACCGCCACUGAUACUAAAG